CGUCGCUGCUCUCGGCCGCCUUGGACUUCUUGGUGCCCUUGCCAGCGUCCUUUGCGCUCUUUGCGCUCUUGGCAUCGUCGCCCUUCGCUGGGCUCUUUGCGUCCUUGCCCAUCGCUGUUUAGUUGGGGGGAAAGUGAAAUGAGCUCCAGUUCGAAUUUGGAAAAAAAGCACACAUCCAGUACAAAGUCAAUGGAAUUGGAAUCGGGUUGCAAAGCAGUGCAAAGCAGUGAAUGCGGGUUGAAGGAUUUGAAAUGCAGGAAGGAUUGAACAACCAGAGCCAACCACGCAGCAGCAGAGGACUCCUGAGACACAAUACACACAUCGUUCGUGCAAUCUGGGUAUUUCAUGUCAGGAGGAUUCUUCGUUCGAGCGGAAGAACUGCGCCAAGCCGAGCUUCAAACGAUCAAACAAUUCUCGCUGGCUCGAUUUCGAUGGUCAGCCUUCAACCCAACUCGAAUACAAGUGGCAUGGCAAACUUUGGUCAGAAUGGCAAGCAUUGCGACCAUUCACGACACGAUCGACCAAGGCACGCUCCAGCAGCUGGAUGCGCUGCACAGUCAGUCCACACGCUUGGUCGAGCUCCAGAAUGGAAUCAAGCGCAAUCACGAGAGCAUCGCACUUCUGCGUGCCGAACGAGACAAGUUGCUCAAUCGGCAUCGGUUGCUCAAGCACCGAAUUGCCAAGAAUCGCAAGGCCAUGACCCUCGCAGAUGUGCUGGCCAAAGGCGAACUGCCGUCGUCGUCGUCGUCGUUGGCGUCCACCCAACACAGAGCCGCCGACCUCUUCUCUACAGGUCCAACAGGACGACGUUCGGGACCUGGGAAGGCCGUGGGAAGAGAUGCGGAAGGCGAUGAAUCGUCCAGAGAGAUUCCAGCAGAGUUGCAGCAAGCCGUUGUCGGCAAUUCUGCACAAGCAACACAGGCGCAAGAGCUGGACAUUGCAUACCGCUUGAGUGGACGAACUGCGUUUGCCAUCGAUACGCAUCAUGUAGCUCUGCGAUUUGACACAUCGCACAAAGGAAAAUACUUUGAAACCUACUAUGUCAUUGUGUCACUGGGCGCUUCGGAUGCAGGAGGCGAGGAUGCAGUGAAAGUUGUCAAGCACACCAUCCCCAGCUUUAUCGACUUGUACAGUCUCGCUAAAAGGUAUCUUCCACAAGAUUUGCAGGCGUUUUCAACAGAAAUGUUUACUCUUCUGAAUAGCUACGUGGCCCGACGAGUGCAAGUUGCAAGCCUCAUCGACAUGUUUGACAAUGGCACUGAUGUGGCGCGGCCCGAUUCGAGUCGGCCACCGCUUGAGCUGGCUGGCGAAAUCACGACCUGGCCCGGGUGCAACUACACAUCCAUUGACAUUAAAAUGCCUCGCCCGUCGAGAUCCGUGCUCUGUCUCAAAGCAAGCACAGGAGAAGCCCUUCAGCGACCCAUUGUCGAGUCCUGGACGGGAAGUGUGUACACGAGCGGUCUUCUGAACGAGGCAGCCACUGCUGCCAUUCAAAUAGCACUUCCACCAGCGAAUGGCUUGUUGUUGUGUGAUGGUCUGCGCAAGAUCACUGCUCACUUGCUGAGCAUGCAGUAGCAGCUGUCCAUUGUAAAUUUUUGCAAGUGUUAAUGCCAGAUUCGUCCGAUUUUCA